UUUCGUCCGGGGACGGCCGUCGACGCAACGUUGGUGCAAAAAAGCGUAACUCUCCUGAAAGGACCGAAAACGCGGUCAUCGCGCGAGCGCCUAGUCAGCGGAGGAGGCUUCUUUUAUUUCUGCGCCAGUUCACGCGUCUCUCAUCUUCCUAUUGUGCGCGGUUUGUUUUUGUCAUCAAGUUCUACUUCUCUCUCGCCGCUGCAAGCGCCGCUCCACCGGCCCUGCGUGGUCGUCACACUCGGUCUGGCAUGCGAUGUGAAAUGGGCAACCUCCUGCGCCUGCUGUCGAGGGAUGAUGCCCCGAAGUAUGACGUCUUUGUUGACUUCGAAAAUGCUGAGCCUUCAGAAUCCGAAGAAGAGACAUACUACAUAGUGCACGAUGUGCUACAGCACUCAAGGGACAUACUCUUGGAACUGCAGACGUACAAAGGCGCGGGCAGCGAGAUCAGGGAGGCUAUAGCCAACCCAAGAAGUGAAGCCCGUCAGAUGAAAGCCUGGGAGGCUGUACUGCCCCUGGUCUCCAAGCUGAAGCAGUUCUACAUCUUCUCGCAAAGUCUUGAGGAUGUCGUGCCGCGCAUCCUGUGGGAGCUGUGCUCGGGUCCGCGGACCCCUCGCGAACACCUGGAAACGCAGCAGGCCCUUGUGAAGCAGUUUGCGGAGAUAUUGGACUUCGUACUCAAAUUUGAUGACCUCAAGAUGACAAACCCAGCAAUCCAAAAUGACUUCAGCUACUACCGCAGGACGGUUAGCAGGUUACGACUGGCAAACCAGGAAAACAUAGAGGAUGGCUUGGAGGUUCCCAACGAGCUUGCGAACCACAUGUCGCUGUUCUACGCGCAUGCAACGCCUAUGCUGAAGGUGCUCAGCGAUGCAACGACGCGCUUUGUCUCGGAGAACAAGGACCUGCCCAUCGAGAACACCACGGAGACCCUGGGAACCAUGGCGAAGGUGUGCCAGCGGAUGGUCGAUAACAGAGAAAUUUGUUCGAGGUUCAAGAAUGAAGAGACCAUCCUGUUUGUGUUGCGGGUGAUGGUAGGCGUGAUCAUCCUCUACGACCACGUUCACCCCCAGGGAGCUUUCACCAAGACGUCUCAUAUUGACGUCAAACGGUCAAUAAGGGUCCUCAAGGAGCAGCCUCCAAAUGUUGUCGAAGGACUCCUGAAUGCGCUAAGGUACACAACACGUCACCUGAACGAUGAAACGACGCCACGCAACAUCAAAGGCUUGCUGGCCUGACUUGGACCGUGCUGCGGUAGUCAUCUCUGAGUGUUCCAGUUACACACUGUUUUCGGUCGUCGACCAUCUGUUGUCACUUCUGUGCUACAGUGGACGCUGUGCUGUGCUAUGCACACUAUUGUUUUUUAUAUAGCACUUGUGAUUCUUUUUUUUUUUUACACAAUGAUAAUGUAAGGAAGUUCAUUGACAAAAGUGAGCUGGACCACUUAAAUUUGUGUUAGUUUGCUGGUCACAACUUACUGCAUUGGACACGGUGUCACAUACCAAGGAGAGGUAGGUGAGCUGUGCAAGAUGUUAGGGACAAUGAAAGAUAGGCAGGAUUGGCCCCGGUGUCAUCUUCCAACUUAGUAAAGAAGGAAGCAAAGCACUUAACUUUUUUUAUUACUUUGACAAUGAACAGAUCAAUUAUUUUAGCCUUAGACUACGCAUGUGAUACUAGCCUAAUUUUUAUUUGUCCCCACAACCUUUUGAAGUUGUUUUGUAAUAAUUACAACGAACUGAUGCUUUUAAUGUUUGGUAUCUUUCUGUGGAGUUCUUGUCAUCAAGGCUGCGUUUUGUUGCACUUCGUAUCAUUUAGGGUAUCGCUGUCAGAUGGAAUUGACGCAUCACUCAGUGGUGGAUUUUAAGGCUCAUCCAGGAACUUCUUUUUUAUUUCUUUUACAGAAGAUUCUUGGUGACAUAUGCAACCGUUAGCCAUUCUUUGCACUUGCUUGUGCUUUUGCAUAAUGCUUGCUUGUCUUUAGCGCUUUUACUGGUCUUCUUUCUUCUGAUUUUUUAUUAUUAUUAUGAUUAUCAUGACUUCUGAAUCUUUGCAGACUCUGUAGAAGGGUGUGCAUUGCAGCAAACUUUUAAUUAGCUUCCAUCCUUUAUUUGGAAGAUUGCACUGUGGCACAUCCUGUACAUUCUUCUUUGUCCCUACUGCUUGACCUGGUUGACCUAUUUUUCCAGUUGUGAAUGAAACCAGCCUGCGAUGAACGUAUAAGCAAUUGAAUUGGCCGUCUCGUCAUAUGCCUUGACUGUUUGUCAUUCAGCUUGCUGCUUUCUUUUCACUGUGCUGCUGAACGGUACAGGAAUUGCUGUUUUGCCUGUAAGUUCUUGUACUUGGACUACUGAAGAUACUUCUUAGAAUUUCUUAAAGACUGGUGUACGCAGGUAACUUGUGAAACUUUGCGACAUCUUGCCUUGUUUUGAUUUCUGCAAUUUGGGUUUGUGCUGUCACUUGCUUCACAAGAGUUAUUAACACAUGAAUGCACGGCAGAUAGCCUAGCUAGCACACAUCACUAGUGGUAUACUGUGGCCACAGAUCUGAAAAAAAAAAGGUGAGGAUGUAUGCAGUUCUCUCGUCUGCAGGCACUAAUAUUUCAAGAAAAAAAUUUUUACGAUGCUUUCUUCUGUAAAACUUCCACGAGAGUCGGCAAACCAAAUGUUGUGCUCGACCCUAUCAGAUUGCAAUCGACAGUACCCUCUGUUGAGUCGUGCAAAGUUGUGCAAACUUAUUGAGGCGAACGUUCUGUUUGUUUCUUGAAGUUGCCACACAAUUUGCUCAGAUGGCAGUUUGUGACAGCUUAGCAUGCUGUGCGUCAUUUUUGCAGCCAACUAGGGACACAAGCAUUGGAUGUAAUGCCAGCAGUUGGCUAACAGCACAUCACCGUUCUUAAGCCCGCUUCUCGUUUCAGGUGAUGUGUGCAUCAUUUGGUACGAAAUUAGGCUCUCUGCCGUGUGCUAAUGUGUUCCUGAUCAUAACUUGAUAAUACACGCUGUCAUUGAUGAAGCUAAUGCCAGGCUGUCCCUGCAGGUUCUUGCAUAGCCACGUCAAUACUUAGCCUAAACAUGGCAUAUGUCUGGACUUCUCCCGCUGUAGGGCCAGUUUAUUGUUGCAACUUUUUAACCAUGAUGUGGCUUGUCAGGUGAGCUCUUUGCAACUGUGAAGGCAGUUCUACUAUAAGAAUUGAAGCAAACUGAGAAAUAUUCUUUCUACACUAACACAACUAUGGAAAGACCAUAGGUGUUUUGAAGAAUUGCAUGUCAUGUUAAAAAGUGUGUAGGACACGCUGAACCGCCUUUUGUACUCGGGCCACGUAUUGUGUCCUUAAAGACCCCAGAUCAUUUAGAUGUAAUCGGAAGUUUGAAUGGGCGAGCCAUUACAUACCAAUAUGUCUGCAAAUGUGAUCAGACGCACCGUAUUUACUCGGACCAGACCAGGCUUCUAGAUUAUUCUUCUUUAACUGAUAUGUGCGGGCUUUCGAACAAGUAUGCCUGGCCUGCGAUCUACUGAUGACCUGUGACUUUCAAUAUACGAUAGCUGAGAUAAACUUCACAUGUUUUUUUCAGUUCCAGUUCUUUCCCAGAGUUGUCCUCCAGAAAGUUAUCGCACCUGCUUUCAAAGAUGGAGAUUUACAAUUUUCGCUGCGUUGUAGAAAAAAAAAAAAAAGAUGCGCUCCAUAAAUGACGGGAGGUUACAAUAGCUCUCCAAUUUCAGCCAUUGAUUGUGCGAGCAUUUCUGUGCAGAACUAAGUCAUUUCAUGAUGAAUUUUCAUCACAGUGGGCAAGGAACUGCAUUGCAUCUCAACUCAUUUUUUCUAGGAGGUGUAGAAUUAGCAUAUUAUCGUACGUGUGGUUUGAAAACAUAGCAACGAGGUAUUGUUUGCAUGCAGUUUUGACCAUGCAGUACCAACUUCAGCUGAGUCGAAUGUUGCGAAGUCCAGUGUCAAAACAUUGUAUUGUGAAUUUGAACACAAGGGAAGUCUGGAUCUGGUGCAAGUGUGAUACUAUUCAUUAAGGGGAUUAUAGUCUAUAUUUAAAUCUGUAGAUGGCUAUUGUGUACUGGUACAACAGGGUUAGUGAACACAUUACAGGGUGCCUCACCCCCGAAUGGUGCAAAAGGACAUUAUUAUUAACGGCACAUGUAACACUUGGUUAAAAGUUUACAGUAACUGCAGUUUCUCACUACUGCCUUGUAACGUAGUUUGUUGCUCAGACAUUCUGUAUGCCGCUACAACAUUUUCACACUUUUCGAUGUUCGUGUAGAAAUUAUUUCAACUUAUGUGGAAUCCAUAUUCUUCCCCUAAUGACGUGUGUAAUGCUUUGGAAUUAGACUGCUGCCAAAAAUGUUUGUCAGUAGCUUUUAAAUAUGAAUCAAAGCUUUAUGAAAUCUAAUGAAAGCAGUUGUCCAAGGAGGGCGUGGAAUUCUCGCUCUUGGCAAAUGUAGUUUUGCGUCAAAAACUGAUAAAUCUCCUUUCCUACCGCUAGUGAAACGGAAUGUCUUCCGCAAGGCUCUCUGUAGACGAAGCGCAUUGCAAAGCAAAAUACUGCCAAACCACUCUUACUGUCUAGGCAUUGUUUUUUCUGCCUGAGCAUCACGCAUGGACGCCCCCUUUGCGGCAGCCAUUUUGCUACCAGGGUUCGUCACUGCAGAUAUAGGCAUGUAGCAAGAGGUGCUAUUUUUGGAAAGGCGUCGAGGGGAUAGCGGCGGUUGUGAGGAAGGUUGGCGAUAGCGUUGGAAGGUCGGUGAUGCGUGAGGCUUGUCUGAUGUGAGCGUGCAGAAACAAAGGCUCUAUGCACAGUAGACCAUUGACAACUCAACCCUAUGAAUGCAGUUUUAGUGGCAGCCAUUCUCUUACUGCCAAAUGAGUCUUAGAUGUAUUUUAAGUUCUUUCACACCUACCGUGACCGCUCAGUAGCUAUGACGUUCUGCUGCUUAACAAGAGGUCACAAGUUUGACUCGCUGCUGCAGCAGCUGUUUUCAGAUGCAGGCAGAAUGCAAUGACACCUGUUUCGAUUUAGGUGCAUAAUAAGGAACCACACGUGAUAGAAAUUAUUUCUGUUUUCAAAUGCCACCUGAUGAAUGCAACUGCUUAUUGGGGCAAAACCUUGAUGUCAGUGCCGGAAAAUACAAACGACGAGUAAUUCUUAGGUUUCAUUACUUCGAGCUGCGAAUGUUUCGGUGUAGGUGUAAUUUAAUGUGCAACUGAAAUCUCGGUUCAUUUUGGCUGUAGCAUCAUGUAGUGACUGUCUUGCAUAUUGUUGAAGCUAUUCAGGAAAGACGGGUUAAAAGCAUUUGGUCAGAUUGUAUAGUGGUGCAUCGUUCAUACCAUUAUAGUAGCGCAUCAUUCCUUGCAUGACAUAUGGCAAUUGUGUAUUAGGAUCGUUAUUCAUAAGCUAUGCAUAGUUUCUCGUGGCACGUUUUGACUUGGCAAUGGUCUACUGUCUAUUACUCAUAUACAUUGUAAAACUCAAUACGGCUGUUUUUGCUUGCUAAGAUGAACAGUGCUGAUCUUGCGCACAGAUGUGUAUGUAUGCUGCUUAUAUGUGUAUGUUAUUUCUAACUGUGCUUGUGCUUGCAUUUUAUACUGACAUUAUCACCUGAUGUAAACAGCAUGGGCUACUUAGCACAAGAAAAAAAAAAAAAAACGGGCCUGAUUCAGUGUUCUUUGCAAGUGUAUUUUCUGUGAAGUUUUGACUUUUGCGAAUGAGACUUGCCGCCAGAGCGGUCAAUUGUUCAAUAAUUGGUGGCCCUCGGACUUUCCUUGGUUGUCACCAUUUGAAGUCUUCAUUUUUUUACCUUUAUUUAUAAGAUGCUAGUCAUUCUGUCUUCCUCAUUGUACCCGUACAGUUUUCUUUGCAACUUGCGAUACAAGUAACCACUGUUGGCGGUGAAAUUGCAUGUUCAUCACGUAACAUAUCGUGUUGUCACAUUUUUUACUGCGUUGCACAGAAGCGUGAAGCGUUAAUGAGGGCUCGUUUUGAACUUUUGAGUAUUGCACGUCGAGAUGAUUUUAUGUGGUGUUGCAUCAAUCUUUGUUCACUCAUUUACGUAAUCUCUCGAAAAUGACACUUGCACAACUGUAAUGGAGGUUUUCAAUGUUUCGUGGUCACUACGUAAUGUGAUAAGUCAUACUGAAUUUUUUUUUUUUUUUUCAUUGUGCAAAGAAUAUAAACUUGUAGUGUGCAUCGCUUGCUUUCGUAAACCAAAUCGGUAAGCAUCUGUGCACCUUGGUGUGUUUUGAAACGGGACUGCGCACACGUUUUUGAAGUCGUGUCAACAUUUGUUUGGUCUCAUACUUGCGCCGUUGAAAGAGCACAAAAUAUGUUCGGCUGAGUGACUGCUAGUUCUUUGACCAAGGUUCUGCCGCAGUGCGGCUUAUUUGGCUUGUUGGUACUGAAACGUGGAAGACAGAGCAGCACUUGGGAUGAGGACAUAGCAGAUGACAAACACCACAGUCCAUCACUUUUAACUGAUUUAUUGCAGAAAUUUCGUCUCGCCGAUUUCAUGCUCUCGUAUGUGUCAUUCUUUUGAUUGCAAAGUAGGCUUUCGCAAAAAUCCUUGCUUGAGACGUAUGCUGGUUACACGUGGAAAACAAACCUGGCGAAAUGCAGUACUACACAUUUGAAAUGGUCACCAACAAAACACACCUGAUUGAGUCGGCACAAUGCAUUGAUCACUUAUUUUCUGGCAGUUGCCUGUUUGCCUUCGCCACCCUUGACUACUGUAUAAUGAUUAUCGCACUUCUCAAGACAUUGAAAUGCAGAAAACGUCCGUGUACUUAGACUUAGGUGCACGUUAAAGAACCCCAGGCGGUCCAAAUUAAUCCGAAGUCCGGCGUGCCUCAUAAUCAGAUGGUGGUUUUUGCACGUAACACCCCAUAAUUAAAACUUCUCAAGACAUUGUGAACACAAACGAAAGGCAUGGAACUAUGCCUUAAAAAAAUGGUCAGCCAUGGUUUAAGAAAUGUUAGGAAAUCUGUUACUUUUUAUCAUGACAGUACACUUUCACUAUAAAUCAUUUGGAAGCGGCAGAUCGUGGUGUCCUUGUGGCAUGUGCCGCUCUGUUUUCCAGGAUUGCCAUGCCAUUUGUACAUCGGUGACCUCGAGUGCAGACCAUUUCAUGUAUAGAUAUUCCGCACAAAUGUAUACUCUACGAACAUGUAUGUGUGUAACAUCGAUGGCGUUUGCCAUCUCUUGUAUCCUUGCUGAGUGGAUUAAGCAUUAAGCUGUGUAGGAAGCUGAGAGUGUGUGGCAGUUUGUGUGCAUGUAUGUGCUGUGUGGAUGUAUUGUCAACGCAACUCUGUUGACUUGGUUUAGGAGUCUUGGCACAAACGUCGCUCGAUGCUCAAUUUGUUAUGUAUCGUCAGCGCUCGCACUGCGUUUUAUAGGUAUGAAUUGCCUCUCUCGUAGAACUGAAGAGAAGCCAUUGACUUUUUCGUUUUUUUUGCGUGUGUGUGUCGCAACACUGGUUUGGCUAAAGCAGUCUUGGCUAAAGGUCACAGUUUUUCGGCAGUGAAACGCACCAUGUAUUAUUGCAUGGUCGUGCGUGGUCAAGUAUUGUGAUUUCUUCUUUUUUUGUGGAGGGUGAAAAAACUUCAAGUUCUAAAAGGCCACAAGAAAAUCGAAAGUAUGGUGACAGUAUUCACAUAUAUUUUUUCCCUAUUCAUCGAAAAGCCCAGCCUCUAAUUUAUUAACUGUGAUGGGCCGAAAACUGUUUUACUUUGACAAGCCUUGGGUUGACAGCUGUUACAACAUUGUCAGCAUUUUGUUCCUGUACACCCGUGAGCAAAAGUAUAGGGACCACAGGGUCGCCGAAAAAACUUAAUGUCUUCGUAAUUAAUAAUUAUAAGCUGGAAUUAAUGGGUACACUGAAAAGUUCGCAAUGCCAAGUUUGGACUGCAGUCCUCAAGUUCAAGUUGCGUUCACAGGCAGAGGAAAAAAUCUGCUUUAUCGCGCAACCCCUGGUCUGUAUACUUCUGCUCACGGGUGUACAUAGCAAGUGCUGCUUGGCAAAAGCGUUUUUUCUGGACCUCCUAAAUGCACACAGUUUUUUUAAUGUUUGCUUUUGGCACAAUCUUGUCGCUGGCCCUCUCAUUGGAAAGAUGCAUUAGGUUAACCAUGCACAAAUGUUUGCCUGCCUUUUGCACAAGCACCAAGAAUAAUUGCAUUCUGGUAAGUCAUUUUAUUAGUAUUUUUGUUUCUAACUUGUAUUGCACAGCCCUGUUUAAUGAGCACUCUACAUCACAAGUCUACGUUUACACUUCGGUAUUGUGAAUGUGACAAGAUCCGCGCUUGUGUUUCACUUCAGUUCGGACUUCUGUAAGCUAUGUAAAUACAGAAGUGUUGAUGCUGUUUGCUUCUGUUUUUAUGGUUGACGACAUUAUGGCAGGAUGGCAUUGCUAGGCGCAGGUAACAUUGAUUGUUGCACUUAGAUGUUCAGGAGUGUAUACUAACUGCUUUGCCGUUAACGAGUUUCUCUAGUUUGUACAUUUGGAGUUGAAGACGUAUUUUCCCUGUGUCGGGGGGGGACUGUGGUCACGUGCUUGCAUUUAGGCGAUCUUUUUUGGACGUUAAGGGGCUCGAAUGUCGCGUCGCUGCAUUUGUAGUGAUUGGCUGGACGGAAAUGCAAGUGCUGCCCACUACUGUCGUAUCUUUCGUUGUUUUUAAUAAAGAGUAUUGUUGUUUAUAAACACC